AUGUCCAGGCUGCAUAGCCGGAUACCAUAUCUACGAAAACUGCCACUAGCGGCCAUUCUCAUUAUCCUAUUACUAAUUCUCGUCAACCUGAUUGUCUGGGCAGCUUGCGGCAUCGUUCUCGCUUAUCACACGAAUUUGCUCUCGACAGCGGCGUUGUCGUAUACUCUAGGCCUCCGACAUGCCCUGGACGCGGAUCACAUUUCCGCCAUCGAUCUGAUGACACGGCGGUUGAUCGCGACCGGUCAACGCCCAGUCACUGUCGGUACAUUUUUCAGUCUUGGACAUAGUACCAUCGUCAUUGUCACAUCGAUUGUCGUCGCGGCCACGGCAGCAGGGGUGUCCAGCCGCUUUGAUAGUUUCGGCAACGUCGGCGGCAUAAUCGGCACAUCCGUCUCUGCGGCUUUCCUGAUCCUCCUCGGAAUAAUGAACGCCUACAUCUUGUACAAGCUCAUCGUGCAGAUCCAAAAGGUGAUCCGCAUGCAACCCGACCAAGCGGCCGAAGAAGCUUGGAAGAUCGAAGGCGGUGGGGUCCUCUUCCGGGUGCUGAAGCGAAUGUUCAAACUCAUCGACCGUCCCUGGAAAAUGUAUCCCCUGGGGGUCCUCUUCGGCCUGGGAUUCGACACGAGCUCCGAAAUUGCACUUCUGGGCAUCAGCAGCAUCGAGGCAACCAGAGGCACCAGCAUCUGGCUCAUCUUGAUCUUCCCCAUCCUCUUCACUGCCGGAAUGUGUCUGGUCGACACCACCGACGGCGCCCUGAUGAUGAGUCUCUACGUCGCACCAAUGGGCAUGGGCGGCGACGACAAGAAAGACACCCCUCCCGGCCCCGCCACAGACGACAUAACAGUCACUACUCAACCGGUCCCUCUCUCAGACGUCGACGUCGACCUGCCACCCACCCAAUCCACCACCACCACUGGCACCGACAGAGACACCGACAGACAAAUCCGACCACGAAUCAAAGACCCGCUAACAUUCCUCUACUACAGCAUCGUGCUGACCUCCCUGACGGUCGUAUGCGCCAUCGUGAUCGGCAUGCUCCAGCUCCUGUCGCUGAUCCUGAACACGGCGCACCCGACCGGCCGGUUCUGGGACGGCGUCGAGACAGCCGGCGAGUACUACGAGGUGAUCGGCGGCGCCAUCUGCGGCAGCUUCGUCGUCUUCGGCGGCCUCAGCGUCCUGUGCUACCGCCCGUGGAAGCGCUGGGUGCAGAGGAAACGCGCCCAGCUGCGCGCUGAAGGCGAGUUGUUCGGUGUCGACGUCGGCGUCGCUGGCCCGCCCUAUCGUGACCAUGUCGAUGGUGACGAGGGAGGGGCCGCCGUGGCGCGCGAGCGGCGUGCUGCUGAAGUCGUUGUGGACGCUUGGGAUCAUACCGAUGGCAAGCCGUCUUCGGCGUCUGAAAGUCGUGCUCAGACUACGAGGGUGCCUGGAAAGGCGUAUGAUUCUGGAAGCGCUGGACGUUCAGGUGCGGCGGCAUCGAGGGAGAGAUAG